AUGAGCCACCAGAGACAAGCCUCGCACGACCCCAUUAAGGAACCUCACUACGUCUCUGUCAAAGUCCUAAGGCUCUCGCGCCCGUCGCUCGUCACGCAGUAUCCCAUCGAAGCGCCCCUCUCGACGACGGCGACGCGGCCGGCUUUCGCACCCGCCUCUCUGGCCUACCAAUCUGACGCAGACACAAACCCGGCCCCGUUCCUCCUCAGCCCGAUACUGAACCUCCCCGUGUCCUUUGGCUCCGCCUACGUGGGCGAAACGUUCAGCUGCACCCUCUGCGCAAACAACGAUCUCCCGGCCGACUCGGUCAAGAGAAUAUGCGAUGUGCGCAUCGAGGCGGAGAUGAAGACGCCCGGCCCGGGCGCGGCACAUGAACUGGACCUCAUUCCGGAGGGCGAUGGCAUUGGGGCUGGGACGGACCUCGAGGCUGGCGGGACGCUGCAAAAAGUCGUCUCGUUUGACCUGAAGGAUGAGGGCAACCACGUGCUCGCUGUGACGGUGAGCUACUACGAAGCCUCGGAGACUAGCGGGCGGACGAGGACGUUUAGAAAACUGUACCAGUUCAUCUGCAAGGCGUCUCUUAUUGUGCGGACCAAGGUCGGGGUGCUUGGCGCCGACGGCGAGGGGAGGAGGAGAUGGGUGCUCGAGGCGCAGCUUGAGAACUGCAGCGAGGACAUUGUGCAGUUGGAAAAGGUGGUGAUGGAACUGGACGAGGGAUUCAAGUACGGCGACUGCAACUGGGAGACGAGCGGGGGCGAAAAGCCGGUGCUACAUCCGGGCGAGGUGGAGCAGGUGUGCUUCGUCAUCGAGGACGAGGAGAAGAAACAGAGCGAGGACGCCGCGGACGGCAGGGUCGCGUUUGGGGUCCUGGGCAUUGGGUGGCGGGGGCAGAUGGGCAACCGAGGAUUCCUGUCCACGGGGAGGCUCGGGACGCGGGUGGACAGGUGA